AUGACAUCAAAAAUGGGACGGGUGGCUGUGAUUGGCCUCGGCGCAUAUGGCAUUGUCACGGUGAAGAAUAUGCUUGAAGUCGGUUUUGAUGUGGUGGGAUACGACCGAAAUGAGUACAUUGGAGGCCUUUGGACAGUCACCACCGAUCCAGGUCGCACAUCGGUGUUGCCGACUACCAUUUCGAAUCAAUCAAAACAGCGUAAAUCGUUCACUGACUUCCCAUUUCCCGAGGAUGUACCGGACUACCCAACUGGUGCUCAGGUUCAAAAAUACUUGGAAGAUUAUGCCGACCACUUCCAGCUCAGGCCGACGUUCCGGCUAGGCACUACUGUGACGGGGAUUAAUCGCUCAGAGAAGGGCGAUAAGUGGAUAAUCAGCAUCAAUAGACCAGAUUCAAACGCCACUGAGGAGGAAUUCGAUAAAGUCAUCAUCACCAAUGGAACUUUUCACAGCCCUGUCAUGCCAGACGUGCCGGGUAUUGACGAGUUCGGAGGCGAGGUUAUUCAUUCUCAGUCGUUUAAGGAUCCGAGCGACUUCAAAGGAAAGAACGUGGUUGUUGUAGGCUUGAGCAAUUCUGCAGCUGACACCGCCGUCGAGCUCAGCAAAGUAGCAGCAAACGUCUACCUCUCGCACAGGAGCGGCGCCUGCAUUCUACCCCGAAUAAAUGCCCAAGGCAAACCGAGUGAUCACGCAGAAACAAUCUCAAUGAACAGACUAGUCGGGCUCAUCAAAUCUAUCAGCCCACGUCUGAUAAAAUUCCUCUACACCCGCGCCAUGGAGAAGAGCACGCACGACACAUACCCCACCAUCGAUCCCUCCUGGAACCUCCUCCCCGCUCCCCCACCAACCCACAACAUCCCCAUCAUAAACGACCACCUCAUCUCUCUCCUCGCCCUCAAAUCCAUCCACAGCGUCCCCUGCAUCGCCUCCAUCCCCUCCCCUCAUACUCUCACCCUCUCCGAUUCCACCACCCUCCCCAACAUCGACACCCUAAUCUUCUGCACCGGCUAUCGCGCUACCUUCUCUAUCCUCCCUCCCUCCCUCGACCCCACCGCCCACUCCACCCCCGAAUACGACGCCGCCUCCUUCGGCUCCUCGGUCCGCCGCCACGCCCGCCUCUACCAAGGCAUCUUUUCUCCCGCCCACCCCGACUCCCUAGCCUUCAUAGGCCCCUACCUAAUCAUCUCCGCCUUUACAGGCGCUGAUGUCGUUUCCCAAGCCAUUGCUCAGGUGUUCAGCGGCGCGUACCCGCUCCCACCGCAACCGGAGAUCGAGUGGUGGUGCGACGACCACUACGCGUAUUGUCUCGCCAUGGCGCAUGUUGCACGUGCCCCCGCGGGUUUGGUGAAAAACGGGGAGGUGGGGCAGUGGUUGAAUGACGCGUGUGGAAAUGGGAUUAAUGAGAUGUUGGGGUGGGGGUGGGAGGCGUGGACGUUUUGGUGGGAGGAGAGGGAGUUGUAUCGCUUGGUUGUUGGCGGGGUUAAUACGGGGUUUUUGUAUCGGGUUUUUGAGGGGAGGAGGAGGAGGUGGGGAGGGGCGAGGGAGGCGAUUUAUAGGGCGAAUGGGAGGGAGUGGGGUGGGGGUUAG